AUGGGGCUCACGGCUUUUGUCGUGCUCUGGACUGUGGUGACAGCAACUUCAGGGAGUCCUGCUGUGCUCUACUUCUCCGAAGGUACCCAGUAUAGCUACCGAUAUUCCACCAGCAGCAGUACCUUUCUGCAAGACCGUGGGACCCAGAAGAGCAGUCUUGGGCUUGAGGGGCUGGUGAUCCUGGAGGUAAUCAGCAGGUGCCACAUAGUGCUGUGGCUCCAAGACAUCCAAGUUAAGUCUUCUCUGGAAUCAACAGAAAAGCCUGUGAAGGAAUGGGAGAGUUUGAGGAUGAUUUUGGAGAAGUUCCCACUUUCCUUUAUAUUUCGUGAUGGAAAGAUUCCAAAGGUCUGUCCCCAACAAGGAGAUCCAAUCUGGGCUGUGAACAUCAAACGUGGUAUCUUGAGUCUCCUUCAGACCAGCCCUGGAACCACCAUCCCAGAAACCAUUGAUGAGAUUGACAUCUUGGGAAAAUGUCCUACCACAUAUGAGCGAAAAGGUUCCCGACUCCUGAAGACAAAGGAUUUAAACCAGUGUUCCCUUCGACAUCAUGGAUUUACUUUUCUUCAAUCAGAAGUUCUUCCAGGGAUGCAAUCCCCACAGCCAAUCUUGACUUCAAAACUGGAGUGCUACCAGAGUUUUCAGAAAGGCCUGCUGGAGGAUGCAGCCUGCGCAGAGUUUGAUGUAGUCAAACCCUUCUCUGAGAAGGGAAAUGGUGUGCAGACAAAGACAUAUUCUACCCUGAGUUUGCUGCAUGUGAGGCCUCAGGCCUUAUCCAACAAAGCAGAUUAUGGAAAAUUUUAUGUGAGCAGUCUACUGUAUGAAUGGGAGGGCCUGGCCACUCAGUCCCAGGUAGCUGAUGUAGCUGAAUCUGUGAGGAAGCUGUGUCUGGCUCAGGCCACAAGUUUUGAGACUGCAGAGCUCUUCAUGGAGCUGGUGUUUGAGCUGAGAGGCUUGUCUGCUGAUGCACUGAUGGACCUCUGGCAAAGAUCUUCCUUUAAGUGCAGAGACAAUUGGCAACCCCUCGUGGAUGCUCUGCCCUCUUGUGGAACAGAAGCUUGUGUUGCCCUCAUGAAGGAGCUCAUCAUGUCUGGAGACGUGGAAAACGAAGAGUCAGAGUCAUUCCUCUGGUCCUUGGCGUUUGUCCCUCAGCCCACAGCUGGCAUGGUGCAUUUACUGCUGCCUUUAUUGCAGUCCCCAGCAGUGAGUUCCAGUGCCUUCCUCAGCAUCUCUGCCCUGGUACACAACCUCUGCAUGGCAGGUGGGGCCUGUGAGCGACUUCCAGGAGUGAGCUCAUUAAUGAAGAUCCUUAAAGAAGCCUUAGGAGAGAACUGUAGCUCUCAGGGACCCAAAGACAACAGCCGGCUUCAGCUCAUGUUGAAAGCCAUUGGCAACGCGGGCUUGGCAGCAGCCACUCUCACCUCCGUCCUGAGCUCCUGUGCAGCCACGAAAAGCAAUGCCCCUGAAAUUCGGCUGGCUGCAAUCCAGGCCUUCCGGAGAAUCCCUUGCUCUGUGAACCGCUCUGGGCUUGCCCGCCUGUACCAAGCCACAGAAGAAGAUGCUGAAAUCCGCAUGACUGCCUAUUACUUCUUUAUGAAAUGCCCCAGUGAGGAAGCAUUUGCCUUGGUGCGUGAAACUCAGGCAGCAGAGCAAUCUACCCAAGUGGGAGCUUUUGUUUGGAGUCACCUCUCUCAGUUGCUGGAGACAGAGGACCCUCUCAAACGUUCUCUUCGGGACUCUCUCCCUGAUGAUAUCCUCAGCCAGGAAUUUGAAGCUGAGACGUGGAAACAUUCCUCCUAUUCAGAUGUCACCUUUCGCUCAGACUCUAGCAGUAUGGGUGCCAAUCUGGAAGCUACUUUGCUCUUCUCCCCAGCCUCCUUCCUCCCCCGUUCCAUCAUGACUAAUCUGACUGUCCACAUCAUGGGCCGUGCUACCAAUAUUCUGGAGCUUGGACUUCGAUUAGAAAAUGCUGAAAAGCUGGCUUACAGGGUGUUUGGUAGGCAGCCGGUGAAGGCCACAUUCUGGGAUGAUGAUGAGAAAAGUGAGCCCAAACCAGAUACUGACAUGGAAUUGGUGCAUGGAUUCAAUGAGAAGAAGUCACUAUUGGCUAGGGCAGAGUGCCCAGGUGGAGGGCACAGUAAGUUGAAUGAGUUCCAGGAGAAGAUGACUCAGAGAUGGGAGAAGAGAAGACAUCUGAAGUGUGAUCUUAGUCUGAAAAUCUUUGGGAAUGAGCUUAGUUUCGUGGACUGUGGAACAAUGAGAAGUCACAUGAAGAGGUACUCCCUGAACCUGGCUGAAUUGACUGUCAAGCUCCUCAAGGGUCAGGAGGUACAGAUUAACAGGAGGCUGAGUCUGGCAACUGAAGAGUUUUCCUUUCCAACUCUGUCGGGUUUCCCCGUGCAAUUAGCCUUGAAUGCCUCAGCUGCCAUCAACAUCCGGAUUCGAGGGACUGUGGACUUCAAGCAGCUUUCAGAUUUCUCCUUGGAGGGCUAUAUCAAGCCAAGUGCCUUAAUCCAGAUUGCAGCUCAGAUGGGUGUAGCAGGCUUCCAUGGGAAAGCAGGGAUCAAGUGGGUGACUGGCAUCCGAAGUUCCACCAGCCUCGAUGGAGGAAUCACAGUGAAGAGGGGUCAGGAGCUCAAGAUGUUCCUGAACACGCCUGAGGAAUCCAUAGAACUAGUGAAUUUCAGCUCUAAGCUGUAUCUCACGACUGUGGAUGGUGAAAUGAAUAUUGACCGAUUAAACAACCCUUCAGAGAUGCAGUUCUGCACUGGAGAAGAAGCAUCUCACAUUUGGGGCUGGCAGAUGUGUUCCAAAGUGUCUUAUCCAGCCCAGGGGCAGCCUUUCUCUCUUGCUGUGCCAAUAGCUGCAGCAGUGACAUUAAAGAAGCAGGACAAGGGACUGCAGCAGUACCUGCUAGAAGCUGCCUAUGCUUAUAUUCCUCAGAAGGAGAGUUGGAUCCCUGAAGAAGCCACCAUCCAUUUUUUUAUGGGCACCCCAAAGUCAGAACAACCUAGGGAUGUGGGUAUGGAUCUCAGCUUCAGUGUGUCUCAGAAGAAGCUCCGAAUCAAGCUACUUCAUCCCAAGAAAAAAAUCAAGGUGGAUGGAAAAAUAGAUUCUUUCCAGAGUACCCGCUUUGGCCACCUGGAAAUGAUCUUGGAUGACAAGGAUGUCUAUUACAUCAAGGGGCUGAGUGAUGUCCAGACGUCCAGAGGGGAACAGAGAUAUGAGACUCAGCUGGAGGCGAAGCUGAUCAGGCAAGGCAACCCUGUCAUUCUCAUGGGCAACAUCACCAAACAAGUUGGCAAGAAGAUGACAUUCUCUGUGUCCCUGAUGAAUGUACUGAAGGACAAAGCCUUCUUGUCAGCAAUCCUGGAGAAGAAGUCAGAGGAUGGACUCCUGCUGUAUGCACUAGAAGGAGAAGCCUACCUGCCAGAUAUUCUGGGUUUCCAUGCCAUUGGCCUGUUGCAACAAAGAGGGAGCCUCUGGACCAAUGCCCUAAGGAUAAAAUAUGGGCUUCUAGGAGAGGCUAAGUACCUCCAGCAGGAAUGCAAUGCCGCCCAGAAGCUCAAAGUGGAGAACCAUCUGGAGGUGUACAAGCUGGACCUUGGGCAUGAAUUUCAUUGUACCCAGGUACCCACGUAUAACCAUAAGGUUCAACUACAGCAUGAGGAGAGUAUGUCCCGUCUGCAUUCCAUGUUGGAAGUGAGUUAUGGGAAACACUGGGAUGAAAUCAACAAUAAAAAGAAACUCCGAAUCAGCCAGACCUUCAAAAAUGACUCUGGCCCAUCCCUGAGCAACUACUUCAUGGAGUUCCUGCUGCAGGUGCCUGAGAGGCAGGUGGAUUACCGAACACAGUUCCAACAUUCCAGCUUCUCCCAGGGCCACGUGGAGAUCAGCACUCACCUGAAGGUGCAGUAUAAUGGUCGCCUGCCCUUCAUGGCUGGGUUUCAGUGGAAGGACAUGUCUCGUGGUCUUCAAUGGAAAUGGGAAGGUGCAUUGAACUUGGAUACCCCAUGGUUGCUAUUGUCCCUGGCUCACAGGCUGCACCAGCCUCACCGUUCUAUGUAUCAGGCCAUUUGGGAGCUGACAGCAGGGAAGGCCCUGUCCAUCAAGAACCUAGUAGUGGAGCUGUCGUGCAAAGACAAAAUUCAAAACAAAGAAGGGAAGAUCCACAUUUACACCCCAACCAUCACCUACCUCAAGGCCUCCACAUUGAUUACCUGGGACCAGAGUGUUCUCCGAAGCCACGGUGAGCUGGUGACCACCUGGAGUCCCCUGAUUCAGAUCAAGGUUCACCUGGAGAAUCGCAGGGACAAGAAGCUCUUCCACUGUUGGUUGAAGGGUCCCAGGCAGGGAUUGAACCUGACUUCUGCCUAUAGACACACCGAGUGGCCUAGGAAGACCACUGUGUUAAUAAUGGCCAUGUGGACUGAUUCUAAAAGCCAGCCUGCCGGAUUGCACCUAGAGGGCCAGCUGGAGGAGCUGAAGAGGGAAAGGCUCUUGUACCAGAAGCAAGGAACCCUCCAGUUCAGGCAUCCCUUCAAACUGCCCAUCCCUCAGAGCCUCCUCCUACAGGAGACGUUUACUGCGGACAAAAGCCAGAAGCACUACAUGUUAGAGACCAGGGUCUUGGUAAAUGGACUGGAAGAAUGCCUGCAGACCGUGACCCUGGGCUAUCAGGCUGACCGCCCCUAUAUCUGUGUUACUCUGACUCAUCCAUACAACAGCAAGGUCAUCCCCAAGAACAUAGACACGUGUGUGCUGACAAAGAUUCGACAAAACAGUAACCAGGAGGUCGAAGCUACUUUAAAAGUUAAUCAAAGGGAUAUUCUACAUUUAAAGGGAAGAUAUCAUAAUAGGACUAUGGAAAGAAAUUACCGUCAUGGCCUAAACUUGGAUUUGACUCAUUCAACGCAGCUGAGGAUCCCUCAGGCACUGGGCUUUAAUGGUGAGAUCUUCUUCAGACAGCAUCCCAUGGAAGAGUUUGACUGUGGUAUAACAAUGCAAGCUGCUGUCAGCCAGAAGAUCAUAUCUCAGUUCUUGCUUCAGCUGAAUGGAUCCAAGUCUCACUUUGGGUUUUUCUCCCAACUUAAGCAUCCUGUCAGCAUGACACUUCCUCCAAAUUUCCAGGUCCAGGCUGCUGGUAGGUAUUACAAAGAUCGAAGCAUCAAUGGCUCCUUAUCUGUACAUGUCUCGGGGAAGGAGUUGGCUCUGCUGGAGGCCAGCUUGAGCAGAGAGUCCAGGAAGAGCUCCCAGGGAUGGGAUGUGAGUGCUCUCCUCCGGCAAGCCAUCUUCACUGAUCCUAGGGCAGUGUGGCUACAGAUGUCCAGCAAAUUCUCUCCAGCAAGGGUCUGGUUCUUUACCAAGAUGUCAAUCAAUCAGAACAGUGCCCAGCUGUUUUUCACAGGACUCAAGGAACAGAAGGUGGGGUCCGUCUUGUCCCUGCAGGGUAGAGUCCAACACAACAUCAACAGUUGGGGGGCUGUCCCAAAGCUCCUCGACCUCACCGGAUCUCUUAAACAGAAGAAUCAAAGCAACGAGGGGAACCUCGGCAUCUUUAUUGAUGAUGCUAUGUUUGGGCUCCGGCUAAGGGACAAACACGUGUUGGGGAACAGCAGCACACGCAGCGUGAGCUGUGUGAUGAUUCAGAAUGGCAGUCAGGCCAUCCCUGAGGAACUUAAGCUGAGGGGACAAUUGCAGACCCAACCUAAUGGCUAUCAUGCCCAUGUUACCCUUCACGCAGAGGAGACCAUUUUGUCCCUGGGCACAGCCUGCAUGAUAGCUCCAGGGCACAGACAGCUCUCUGCCAAUCUGUCCCACAACAGUGACACCUUAAAAAGUUCAGGACUGCCGACGAGUGGAGAGCUUCUGUUCUCCCACACCUACCGUGCUCCCAACCACAGGCUGACUCUGGGGCUACAGAGCAAUGGACACCAUCUUGAUGCUGCCUUGAGAGUAGAAAAUCCUGGGGAAUUCUCAGAGGCCCAGAUCACUGCAAACCUGAGCCACAAUGUCGAGGACUUCAGGCAACUUGGAAUCCCUUUUUCUGUUGAAGGAGACUGUUAUUAUCAAAACUCUGGCUCCAGGCUGGUGGCUGGCAUGAAGGCUGGGUUGGAUGGGGAGCACCUUCACUUGGCACUGGAGAGAAAGAAGAAUGGAGGCCGUUCAGAGGAGGUGGUUCUUGGGCUACAGCACAGUGUUCCUGGACUCAUUGGUGUGGUGCCCUCCAGGUUCCAGGUCAGCUGCAGCGGGGAAGCCUCCUCCAGCCAGCUGUCCGGCCACUGCAGCGGGGACAUCUCCCACCGUCCGUUUGAGAGUCCAGCCAUGCUGUCCCUGAAUGGUUCCCUUCUAGUACAUGGUUGCAAGGCCAGGCUGGCUGGAUACCUCUCUUCUGGUGAAGCCUUUACCCACAUCCACUUGUACACUUUCUGUGGUCUCCACAACCACUUGGAAGCCCAACUUCAACAAUCGUGGCCUCUACUCAAAGGACUGGGAAUUGCCGAAGAGAAUCUUUUCAGGGUAUCAACUACAGGUGGAGAUGCACCAAAGGUGCUACUAGAAAUGACCAUCGGCCCAUGUUCUAUGAUGGCAGAUGGAGAUGUCAGGAUGGAAAGCAACAGAACUCAAACCAACUGGACCCUCUUUCUGGAGAAUCAUUGCCCUACAAUAGAGAAAGCAGGCUUUCCACAGAGUCUGGCCACCAGGGGUUCCCUCAGGAUUGAGCCCUGUGAUAGUGAUCUCACCAUGGCCCUCCAGAGUGAUGAAGGAGAUGCUCAUGUGCACUUAGCAACUUCCUGCAGACAAAAACCCUUGGUGCAAGGAAGCCUGCACCAUUCCUUGAGGUCCCUGACCCAUCUGGGGCUGCCCCCCAGCAGCACCAUCUACCUGCAGACAGGGUUGGGCUCUGUCCCACAAAGUUCCUUUAUUCUCCAAGUUGGGCAGUGUCGGCUCCUGGGAACAAUAGAGCUCCAGCCCAGGAACAAAACCCAAUGGGUACUUGAUACAGAGACAGACUGUGACAUACUGCAGGACCUUGGGAUCCCCGCCCGGAUGCACCUCAAUGGAUCAGCUCAGGUGGCCGACAGUCAGGUCAAGCUGCUCUGCAGUCUGCUGAUGGAUGGCCCGGCAGCUUUCUUGGAACUCAGGGGGGCAUGGCAACCCCAGCUCACCAUCCGGGCCACGUUCAGGCACACCUUGCCGGCAUUCUGGGCCAUCCCACAGGAGACCAAGCUGUCUUUCCAAGCUGGCAAACAGGCCAAAUACCAGCUGAGCCUGACCCUGAGAUCUGGAGCCUGUGAACUCCAAGCUAAUGGGGAUCUGCAGCUGGAGAAGAAGUUCCAGUGGAGGGCCCUGGUUGAGAAUUUCUGCAAAGCGAUGCAGGCUCUUGGGAUCCCAGGUCGGAUUGAUGGCUCUGGCUAUGUGGUGGUGAACAAUAUGGAUCUGGAUGCUCAGAUGUUGGUCACUGUAGAUGACAGCACAGUGAGAGGCCUUCUUAUCCUGAAGGCCACUGAGACACAUCAAGAGCUAGACAUGCUGUUCACCCACAACCUCCCUGAUGCUAUCCACUUUGGCAUCCCAGCUCGGAUCCUGGUGGAUGUGACCACAGUGAGAAGUAAUCAUAGUUACAGGCGUACCAUCCGGUUUGGAAUGGACAACAAGCAGAUUUCUGAAGAGCUCGGUUUCACUCAACAGUCAGACUAUGUUUCCCUUGACUACAAAAUCCGACACAACAUCCUGACAUUACAGGCAUUGGGGCUGGAAGACAGGAUAGACUUGCAGGUAUCUCUGGACCACCAAGCAGCCAAGAACUUGAGUGUCAGAGCCCAAUAUGGCUCAGGGAUCAUCACCUUUGGAGGCCAAAGCUGGAGCACCACAGCCAAACACUCCUGGUCUGGGACCUUCUGGCAUAACUGGCCUAUGUUGUUGCAGUGUGGACUUCCAGAAUCGCUUCAGGUUGUGAUGUACUUCCAAGGAAUCGAUUCCAACAUUGACAGUUCUGUGAACAUUCUGGUGGGGCAGACCUCUCUCAACUACACCAUGAGUUGUUUUUAUGCCAGACAGCAAAUAGAGUUCUCUUGUUGGAGCAAACAUAACAGCAGUGCUCUCAGGCAAGGAACUGGCUACCCGGAGGUGGUCGGCUUUACUGUAGUGCUACAGACACAAGAAACACAAACCCAGGGCAGCGUGAACAUCCAGGGAGGGGACAGGAAAAUCAGUGUCAAUGUGGCAGCUCUGGCAGCCUUGGAACUAAAUGGGACCCUCGAGCUUGUGGCCCAUAUCCAACACACAGUGCCAAUUCUCAGGCAGCUGGGCCUGCCCUUCACAAGCCAGUUGUUAUUCCAAGAAAUCUUGGCAGCCAGUGAAAUGAAAACAUCCUUGGAGGUGACCUGUGAGAACCAAACAAGUCUCCUCAUCCAUGUGAGGGGAAGGAAUCAACCACUCAGCAAAGAACUACAUGUUACCAGCCAACAGCAUCUCUCCUUCCUCUUCAACCACUUCCCCAGAAAAGCCAAACUUUCCACCAAGGUAAGUUAUUCUACAAGUGGAGCUGAAAACAUGAUUGCUGUUGACCUGGAAAAGCAUCAUUUCCACAUGGCCACAAAGCUGACAUUUGCUGCAUCCAACUUCACUCAAGUGACUGAGCUGAUGCAUACAAUUCCCCAGCUCAAAAUGAUCCCCUGGGAAAUGGUGCUUCUGACCAUGUGUCAGAAAGCCAAUGGGACAAGAACCAUCCAACAAUUGGUGCUAUGGGGUGGCCAGGAGUUCAAGUUCAUCGGCAGCUACUCAGGGCUUUUCCCCAAGUUCUCAAGGGGCCAGCACCUGCAGGUGGAACUUGUCCAUCCUCUCUCCAUCCCUUUUCCUCAGCAUUCCAAGAUCACCAUGUCUCUGCACCACUCAGUUCACAACCAUCAAGAUAAUGUAGUCAUUGAAUGGAACGGCAAGGAGCAGGUGGUGCUCUCCUCCUCCCUAAAGCUGGGGAAAGAUCAAGUGGAUGGUCAGGUGGCAUUUGUGCAUCCCUUCAACCUGUCCUGGAGCCACGUGGAAGCCAAGGGCCUGGCGGAGAGGAGAGGGAGCAGAUGCAAGCAACAGGUACAACUUGCCUGGAAUAGGGGGAAACCUGUCAACUUCCAGCUCUUCUGGGCAGAUAGGUCAGAAGCUAUCAUGACCAUCUGGGAAGGCUGCCUGACUGCAACCUCAGGACAGCUCCAGAAAUUCCUGCCCCUGAGCAAUCUCAAGGCCUGUGGGUCUGUAACUCAGACUGCAGUAGUGUUCAGCGAGCAUCUUGAUCUGUCCUGGGACAGCUGGAAAGUCAAACAGAAUCUGAAAUAUGAGAAACACCUGCCACUCCAGUCGGAUAGACUCCAUGCAGAAGUGACUCUAGAGAACAUCUUCCUUUCCUCCUGUCCCAAACAAAGCUUCCAGGGAGAAAUAGAGACUGACUACCUCAGUCGUCUCAGCCAUUCUCUCAGGCUGGGCCUCUGUAAUUUUUCCAGUGCUGUUGUGAUCUCUGGAGAACAUCUGCUGAGCCAAGGUAGCUUCAUGCUACAGUCCAAGAGCCUGUUCCGUCUUGCCCCAGAUCCUGGGGAUGGUUUGGUGUUGGUCUUAACCCUCAGGAACCACAGUACCCCAAAGACUCAAGACUUCUCUGGAGAGCUAGAGAUGAGGGCACCUGGAAAUCAGCAAGUGAGCCUGCUGGGAAGGGUCACUGAAUCAGCCUCUCAGAAGGUAGUCCUGCUACAGGGGAGCAUGGAAAGAGAGGAAAAGUUGAAGUUGACAGCUUCCCGGACUCCAGACUGUCUCCGAGCUUACCUAGCAUAUGGAAAAGGACCAAAAGAGGAGGGUGUGGAGAUCAGUGCCUGCUCUGACAGAAGGCAGGUGGCCAGAGCUGAGGCUGUAUUCCGCAUCCAAGGUGGGCAGAAUGAAUCCUUGGGCCAGCUGGUCCUCGAGGCUGCAAACCAGAGUCUAAGCCUGGCUGCCCGCGGCUGCAUCACUCCCCUGGGAAACGCGGAGUCCAAACUGGCCAAGGCCGGGUCUCACCUACAAGCCAGACUUGUGGAGAAGUUCCAAGUGUUUGACACCUACCUCCAGAAGUUCCGGGACCUGGUGCAACAGAUAGACUUUCUGGACAGUGCAGCUGGCUGGGUCCUGCAGAUGUCCCAGGAUGCUGUGAAAGCACUACAGGCAGGGGGUAGAGCUGCAGCUGGACUAUGGAGGCAAAGCUCAGCCAGGCAGCUGCUGAGACAUCACCUCCCUCUGCACCUGGAGAGGCUCCAGAUUCUGAUGGAACAGACGCAGAGUGAGCUGCAAAAGCCAUUAGCCACGCUGAAGGAUGCCUACUACGAAGUCACCCUCAAGCCCCUGGAUGAGGUAUGGCAGGAGAGGACCGAGGAGGCUCUGAGGAGGAUGCAGGCCUGUGUGCCCUCGGGGAUGGUGGACACCUGGCUCACGAGGCCAGUCCGGCUCUCUUUACGAGCUGUGAAAGGUGCCCUGGAUCUGGCUGCCCACCAGAUACUGAAGUGGGCAGAAGCCAAAUUCUCCAGAGCAAUAAGAAGACUACGGAAACCCUUGUCCAGCAUUUACAGCUUCUCUGCGAGGAAUUGCUCCGUGGUGAUAAGGCUUCCAGUGCUGCCAGGAGGGGAUCAGCCAAUGGACUUGGCCAAGGUGACCAACUAUCUCAUCGAAGAAAAAUUGCUGCAGCCCCUUCGUGAAUUGUACAGCAUCAACCUCCUGGCGGAAUAUUAUCGUAUCAAGCAUCGGCUGCUGGAGAACCCCUUUGAACACCAUGCCGUGAUGAUUGGGGACAGGCACGUGGUGACGUUCGAUGGGCAGGCCUAUGACCUUACCUCCAAAUGCAGCCUGUUGCUUGCCAAAGACUUUGCUCGGAACUCCUUCCUGUUUUUACUGAACCAGCCGAACACAGGACCCAGAUCCUUGUAUGUGGAAUUGAAUCACACAGCCUUUAUCAUCUACCCAGGACUAAAGGUCUACAAGAUAUAUGAUUCUUCCUUAAUAGGAGAGAACUGUCUGGGUUUUGAUCCUUUGCCUGACAAGGUCAGAGCCAAUGGGAGGAAAGAAGUUUAUAAAAUAGAAUUAUCCAAUGAGAAUGGUGCUAUGGUCUCCUGUGACAUUCAUUCUGAUAUCUGUAGUAUGACACUGGAUGGCUGGAAUCAUGGUAUGUCAGCAGGUAUCUUGGGCACCAAUGACAACGAGGCAGGCAAUGAUCUGUUGCUCCCAAAUGGAUCCCUGGCAGGCAAUCUGGAUGAAUUCACUGAGGCAUGGAAGAUGGAUAGUGAGUGCCAGGCCCAGAGAAGGAAAUCAGAGACCUGUCUCCAAGCUCCGUCCUUCAGACUCUGCAAAGCAUUCUUUUUGGAUGCCCACUCUGAGCUCCGUAAUUGCUUCCGAGUGGUAGAUCCUGCCCCGUUCUACAGUAUGUGCAUACGAGAUACCUGUGAGAUGAGUGAAGUCCAGGCUGCCUGUAACAUGGUCUCUGCCUACGUCCAUCUUUGUGGUCGAGGCUUUGUACCUCUGGCAAUUCCCCCUCGGUGUGCUUAAGAUUCUGCUCAGGGCCGCCCUGGGAUGACAAAGGAGAGCCAGCUCUUUCACCUUUUGACAAGUUCUAGCAUCCAACAACCAGUGGCAACUUUAUAGAGAAUCAUCCCUAAGGAGGGAGAAAAUGCAUCCCCAGGACACCCAAGAAAAUGAAGAAAAUGUCUAGCAUGCUAGCCCAUGGCCUGCUGAAGGGGAGCCAUUUAUUGUUUUAAGUAGCAUGGCCAAGGACAAGGGAGGUAGCCCUCCCCAACAGGUUUCAGAGAAGCUCUUCUUCCUUCACUGCAAGAGCCUAAGACGUUUCCUAUUCUGACCCAAAAAGCUCUCCUCUGACAGUUCAAAGUAGUUGUUUUACUCCAGGAUGAAGAGGAGAGAACAAUCUGCUUUGGUUGGAAAGAAGACUUAUUCAUUGCCUACUUAGUGAGCACCUACUACACAAAGCAUGGUAGUUCUGAAUCAGCUGUAAGGAAGUCUUACUUAUUAAUUCUAUUAACUCAGGUUUCUUCCAGAUGUAUUUUACCAUCAAAUUCUAUUUUGUGAUUGGCUUAAAAUCCUAUUAACUCAGGUUUCUUCCAGAUGUAUUUUAUCAUCAAAUUCUAUUUUGUGAUUGGCUUAAAAUCUUAUUAACUCAGGUUUCUUCCAGAUGUAUUUUACCAUCAAAUUCUGUUUUGUGAUUGGCUUUAAAAAAAUCACCUGAUUUGGCUUUCUUGACCUUACCUGUACCAACUUGUCAUUUCCUACUAGGGUUGCAUUUUGCUCAGGCAGCCAUAGUAUUUCCAAAAAGCGGAGAUCUCUUCAGAUUUUCUUGUUAUCAAGCUAUUUUUUAAAAAAAUUACUGUAAAUAAACUAGAUUUAAAUUUUGAGGUUUGGUGAGAACAACCUCCUGAAUUAAUAUUCAUGGAGAGCUCUCAAGUGAAUAGUAGCAUACCAUGAGCAUAGGUUUUUAUAACUUAUUCUGACCAUGACAUGGAAUAACAGGGUCCUGAUUUAUACUGUAAUCAAAAUUGUGAAUUUGAUUUAAUGUAAUUUCUUUAAUUUUGUUACUUAUUAAUAAAUUUGGUUGAAUCUAAGAACUUAUUUGUUUUGGGGAAUCUAUUAUUUAGUAAAAAUAAUUUAGGUUUAUGUGGUACUUUGAAUAUAUUAUUAAAUCAUGGAUUCUGACACCUGUGUAACCCUCUUGUUUUUAAUAAAUAAUUUAA